GAUGUUUCCCGUUGUGUUUUUCUGUUUCGACGGGUCCAAGGUUACAGGAAGGAAGGAUAGAGAGAGCGAGGGAAGAGGAGGCUCGGUGUCUGCGGAGAUUGCGCUGGGCUUCUAAUGAAUUAACACUGCGCAUUAAGCUCGUUUAUUAAAGCCAGGAUGGCUGCCACAGAAGCGAAGGCUGUCAGCGGUUCAGCCGCUAUCGUUGCAGACUCCCCGGACUCCAGCGCCCUGGGAGAGGCACAGACCCUGCCCCCCGAGGACCGUGCCUCGCUCCUGGAGAGCGGAGAGGAUUUCGAGAUGCUGGACCAGGAGGAGGAGGACGAUGAGGAUGAUGAUGACAUCAGUGACCUUCCUCCUUUGGAAGACACCGGAAACAAGAAGGAGGAAGAGAAGCCGGAUGAGUCCGGGGCCGGGAGCUCGAGGAGCAGAGACACCCAGAGCGGAGACCCCGACCGGGGCAGAGAGAGGACAGAGGAGUGGCUGGAAGUGCUAGGGAACGGGAUGCUGAAGAUGAAAACCUUGGUCGCAGGCAAGGGAGAAGACACCCGACCUAAGAAAGGACAGGAUGUCAAAGUGCACCUGAGGACCAUGCUGGAAGACGGGACCACGGUGGAGGAGGAGCCAAGCCUCUCUUUCACGUUGGGGGACGGUGAUGUCAUCCAGGCCCUGGACAUCUGUGUGCAUUUAAUGGAGCUGGAAGAGAAAGCCCUCAUCUACACUGACGCAAAAUACGCUUACGCAAGCCUGGGGUGUCCCAGCCCCGCCGUCCCCCCGAACGCCAGCCUGUCCCUGGAGGUGCAGCUGCUGGAGGUGAAGCCCGCUCCCGACCUGGAGCUCCUGCUCCCCCGGGAGAAGAUGGAGCUGGCCAGCAGGAAGAGGGAGCGGGGCAACGUGUAUUACCAGCGGGGCGAGUUCGUCUACGCCAUCACCUCCUACGGCAUCGCCUUGCAGGUGGCAGAGUCCAGCUCCAAAGUGGACAGCACGCUGGACGAGGACGCAGGGCUCCUGGACGUCAAGGUGAAGUGUCUGAACAACAUGGCCGCAGCCCAACUGAAGCUGGAGCACUACGAGGCGGCUCUGAAAUCCUGCACCAGCGUCCUGGACCACCAGCCAGACAACAUCAAGGCUCUCUUCAGGAAGGGCAAGGUCCUGGCCCUGCAGGGAGAGUACUCCGAAGCAAUCGGGAUUCUGAAGAAGGCGCUGAAGCUGGAGCCUUCCAGCAAGACCAUCCACGCAGAGCUGUCCAAGGUGAUGAAGAAGCGCCUGGAGCAGAGGGGUGUGGAGCAGGCCAUGUACAAGAAAAUGCUGGGGAACCCGAGCGGGAGCAGCAGCAUCGGCCACGAGCAGAGAGCCAGGCCCUCCUGGAGCCUCAGCUGGAAGUGGCUGUUUGGCGCGACCGCCGUUGCGAUCGGGGGCGUGGCCUUGUCAGUCGUCAUCGCGGCCCGGAACUGAAGAGUCCAGCGGCGUUGCGAGGGAGGAGGAGUCUCGAAGCAAUGGGAGAACCGCGCCGCGCUCCGUUCACAGGGAAGAGCCAUCGCGGCCGUGAACACGCUGGGUCCCACCAAAUGAAAAUACAGAAAUCUAUCCAAUUUAAAAUAAAUAGAUAUAGAUAUAUAUAUGAGAGAGAGAGAGAGAGAGAGAGAGGAGACAACCUUUACACAACAAAGAUGUGCAGUGGUGUGUCUUUUUAAAAAAUAUAUAUUAUUUCUGAAUGUGUAAGCGACCAAGUCAGUGAAGAAUUGGUAUUAAAUAAAACACUUUGUAUAGAAAAUGUUAAUUAUUUGACUGACAGUUAUGGGCACAAUUUAUAACUAUGAAUGUGAAUAUAGUAUCUAUUUGGGGACACUGGAUAUGGGCAUUAGAGUCUGUAGUGUUCAUUUAAAUAUCCUCUCCCCCCCGCAUCCUUCCAGCAGUAACAAUCACAACCUUUUUGGCUUCAUAGCAUAGCUUUACCAGGGCAGCCUGGAUCUGGGCUUGGUGCUGCCGAGACUCGUAGUUACGCUAUCCAGUGAGAACUACAGGACGUGUUGCUGGAGGGGGGAGUCGUUUUACUCGCUCGCUGCUACUGUGUCGUUUAACAACGAGGCUAACGCUAACGCAGGCUCUCGUCAGACUGGGGUAGCUCUGUGUCGUUUAACAACGAGGCUAACGCUAACGCAGGCUCUCGUCAGACUGGGGUAGCUCUGUGUCGUUUAACAAUGAGGCUAACGCUAACGCAGGCUCUCGUCAGACUGGGGUAGCUCUGUGUCGUUUAACAACGAGGCUAACGCUAACGCAGGCUCUCGUCAGACUGGGGUAGCUCUGUGUCGUUUAACAAUGAGGCUAACGCAGGCUCUCGUCAGACUGGGGUAGCUCUGUGUCGUUUAACAAUGAGGCUAACGCUAACGCAGGCUCUCGUCAGACUGGGGUAGCUCUGUGUCGUUUAACAACGAGGCUAACGCUAACGCAGGCUCUCGUCAGACUGGGGUAGCUCUGUGUCGUUUAACAAUGAGGCUAACGCUAACGCAGGCUCUCGUCAGCCUGGGGUAGCUCUGUGUCGUUUAACAAUGAGGCUAACGCUAACGCAGGCUCUCGUCAGACUGGGGUAGCUCUGUGUCGUUUAACAAUGAGGCUAACGCUAACGCAGGCUCUCGUCAGACUGGGGUAGCUCUGUGUCGUUUAACAACGAGGCUAACGCUAACGCAGGCUCUCGUCAGACUGGGGUAGCUCUGUGUCGUUUAACAACGAGGCUAACGCUAACGCAGGCUCUCGUCAGACUGGGGUAGCUCUGUGUCGUUUAACAACGAGGCUAACGCUAACGCAGGCUCUCGUCAGACUGGGGUAGCUCUGUGUCGUUUAACUAUGAGGCUAACGCAGGCUCUCGUCAGACUGGGGUAGCUCUGUGUCGUUUAACAAUGAGGCUAACGCAGGCUCUCGUCAGACUGGGGUAGCUCUGUGUCGUUUAACAAUGAGGCUAACGCAGGCUCUCGUCAGACUGGGGUAGCUCUGUGUCGUUUAACUAUGAGGCUAACGCUAACGCAGGCUCUCGUCAGACUGGGGUAGCUCUGUGUCGUUUAACUAUGAGGCUAACGCAGGCUCUCGUCAGACUGGGGUAGCUCUGUGUCGUUUAACAAUGAGGCUAACGCUAACGCAGGCUCUCGUCAGACUGGGGUAGCUCUGUGUCGUUUAACAAUGAGGCUAACGCAGGCUCUCGUCAGACUGGGGUAGCUCUGUGUCGUUUAACAAUGAGGCUAACGCAGGCUCUCGUCAGACUGGGGUAGCUCUGUGUCGUUUAACAAUGAGGCUAACGCUAACGCAGGCUCUCGUCAGACUGGGGUAGCUCUGUGUCGUUUAACAACGAGGCUAACGCUAACGCAGGCUCUCGUCAGACUGGGGUAGCUCUGUGUCGUUUAACAACGAGGCUAACGCUAACGCAGGCUCUCGUCAGACUGGGGUAGCUCUGUGUCGUUUAACAAUGAGGCUAACGCAGGCUCUCGUCAGACUGGGGUAGCUCUGUGUCGUUUAACAACGAGGCUAACGCUAACGCAGGCUCUCGUCAGACUGGGGUAGCUCUGUGUCGUUUAACAAUGAGGCUAACGCAGGCUCUCGUCAGACUGGGGUAGCUCUGUGUCGUUUAACAAUGAGGCUAACGCUAACGCAGGCUCUCGUCAGACUGGGGUAGCUCUGUGUCGUUUAACUAUGAGGCUAACGCUAACGCUAACGCAGGCUCUCGUCAGACUGGGGUAGCUCUGUGUCGUUUAACAAUGAGGCUAACGCUAACGCAGGCUCUCGUCAGACUGGGGUAGCUCUGUGUCGUUUAACAAUGAGGCUAACGCUAACGCAGGCUCUCGUCAGACUGGGGUAGCUCUGUGUCGUUUAACAACGAGGCUAACGCUAACGCAGGCUCUCGUCAGACUGGGGUAGCUCUGUGUCGUUUAACAAUGAGGCUAACGCUAAUGCAGGCUCUCGUCAGACUGGGGUAGCUCUGUGUCGUUUAACUAUGAGGCUAACGCUAACGCAGGCUCUCGUCAGACUGGGGUAGCUCUGUGUCGUUUAACAACGAGGCUAACGCUAACGCAGGCUCUCGUCAGACUGGGGUAGCUCUGUGUCGUUUAACUAUGAGGCUAACGCUAACGCAGGCUCUCGUCAGACUGGGGUAGCUGGUAUCUCUUAGAUUAGACUUGCUAAAUAUUUAUGGGGUCUGAUUUGAUGCUUUUUGCUUUUUUAAUUGGCAGUUUGUAAGUCGUUUGGCAAAUGAUUUCAGUGCUUUGCAGUAUAAAGUUUAUGGAGCUAGUAAAUCAAGGAGCGCUGGCACCUUUACAGUCAUUCCCACGAACAUCAGCACCCUGGAAAUGAUAAAAAGACCUUGACAGAGAGAACGUAUGUGUGUGUGUGUGUGUGUGUAAUUUAUAUUUUACGGCUGAGGACCAAUUUAAUAAAAUGAAAACAUGGGCUCCCUCUGACCAAAACUGUCUGGAUUGAAAAAGAAGUGAUGGUAAAUCCAUGGAUCUUGUGUUGACGGUGCUGAUCCGAGACGUGAACGCGGUGUGCUGUGUGACGAGAGCUGGCUGAUGUGUUGCAUGUGGGUGCUCCUGUGGAAUGAGAUGCAUUUUGUCAAGUAAGAAAUCCCGGGCAGGAGUAAACGGGAGCUGUGUAGACGUUAUUAAAGAAAUGUUUGUA